AUGGCGACCGCGGCGGCCUCGUCGUUCCUCUCCCCGGCGGCAAAGUUCGCGCUCCAGAGCCGGUGCCCAGGCGCCAAAACUGCGCCACGUAGCGUCCGGUUCCCCCCGGUGCGAGCCCAGCAGGAGGUGAAAGAGGAGGAGCCCGCGGCGACCGUGCCCCCGCUGCAGGAGGAGCAGGCGACGGCGGCGGCGGCGGCGGCGAAGGGCCCCGCGCAGUCGCUCCCGCGGCAGCCGCGGGCGGAGAGCAAGAACAUGGGGCGGGAGUACGGCAGCCAGUGGCUGAGCUGCACGACGCGGCACGUGCGCAUCUACGCCGCGUACAUCGACCCGGAGACCAACGCGUUCGACCAGACGCAGACGGACAAGCUCACGCUCAUGCUCGACCCCACCGAGGAGUUCGUCUGGACCGACGAGACAUGCCAGAUGGUCUACAAGGAGUUCCAGAACCUCGUCGACCACUACGAGGGAGCUCCACUGUCAGAGUACACGCUUCGUCUCAUCGGCUCAGAUCUUGAGCACUACAUCCGCAAGCUGCUCUAUGACGGGGAGAUCAAGUACAACAUGAGGUCCAGAGUGCUCAACUUCAGCAUGGGCAAACCCCGCGUCAAAUUCAACAGCAGCCAGAUACCAGAUGUAAAAUAG